GCGAAAAGGAGAAAGCAGACUAGAUAAUCUUCCAACAUCUAGAACCGGAAUCCACUUCAUAUGUAAACAACCGCCAAAGCAUUUGGGGAAGUUCGCGCGUCUCUGCUUCAGUCUCGGAGACCUCUACCACCCUGAUGGACUUCUUCUUCUUCUUCUGCACUGCCUCCACAACAAGAACUUGAACUUCCGAGUACUAGAAUCUCUUCUAGCUGCCAUCUCCAGUUGUAUGAAUGAAAGAACGAACAACAUCCACAACUAG